AUGCCAGAGUCUGAUGAUCGAACUGUCGCGGAGACUGUUGCAGGAGAUGCAACAGCAGCUCCGGCUGAAGCUGUAAAUGGAGGAGCUGAUCGACCUGUGCCAGAGGGCAUUGCAAGAGUUCUUGAUGGCGAAGACAAUGUUCCUCCGAUUCCUCGUGUUAGUUCCGGUCGUCGUAUCAGCUCUGUCGAGGCUGUACGUGGAGCUCCACCACCAACGAAAAAAGCAUCAGUAGUGGUGUUUGAGACACCAGAUUCACCUCCGGCCAUGGGACGUCGACAAUCGUCGUGGUGGCGAAGUUUGGUGAUGGAUGACGAGAAAGUCAUUCCGCCGGAGAUUAUUGUUUCACCGGAGAAUGCAGCCAAUGGCAUAGGAUUGGAAGAACGAAACCGUAAUGUAUCAACUGCCAGCAUGGGCGAUAGAGAACUGUUCUCAUGGGGCGGCAGUGGAAAAGAAGGAAAUCACAAUUUGGCUCUGUUCGAAGAGCCCUCCAUGCCAUUCUUCUCUAGUUACUUGAAAGCUCACGUCACUCCCGGACCGAAUGAACGAGCUCAGAGUGAAAAUCAAAAAAAAAAAGCUGACUUAGGCGUUAUGCUCGGAGUAUAUCUUCCAACCAUUCAACAUAUUCUUGGAGUUACUAUGUUUAUCAGAUUGUUCUGGGUUGUUGGUAUUGCCGGUCUUGGACAAACUUUCCUUCUACUUUUACUUUGCUGUCUCUGUACUUUCCUCACCUGUAUUUCGAUUUCUGCUGUUGCCACAAACGGAGUAGUUGAGAGUGGCGGGGCGUAUUUUAUGAUAUCCCGAAAUCUGGGUCCGGAGUUUGGAACGGCUGUAGGAUUAUUAUUUUAUCUAGCUAAUACUGUGGCAACUUCUAUGUAUCUAGUAGGAGGCGUAGAAAUAUUGCUGCUUUAUAUAUUCCCGUCAUUAACGAUCGGUGGAAUAGAAGCUCAACAAGAUACCGGUACUUUCGGAAUGAUGACUAACAAUCUUCGUUUCUACUCAACUCUUCUCUUACUUCUCGAGUUUGUCAUUGUUGCCAUGGGGGUCAAGUUCGUUCAGAUGUUAGCUCCUGUUUCCUUGGUUUGUGUCAUUUGCUCCAUUCUUGCUUGCUAUGCUGGUGGUAUCGAGAAGACUCUGAAUCCUGAUAUUGGACAAAAAGUAUGUAUGUAUGGUCCUAAGCUUCUCCAAUCAAAGAUUUUCCUUCCUUCAAACGCCUCCAUGGAUGAUGUUUGCACCUACUGCUCAAUCAGCAAUGAAUUACUCAUGCUCAACCUUUGUGAUAACUCUACUUGCUCACAGUCAUUCUUCUCUCAAAGUCUCAAGUGUAUUAAUGGAUUCCCUGGUUUCAAGAGUGACGCUCUCGUCGAUAACAUUGGACCUCAAUAUGUCGGAAAAUUCUUCGCCACUCCUACCGAGGAAGCUAAUCUCUCAACUGACGUGUUCCAGGAUGUCAAGACCUCCUUCUGGGUUCUUUUGGCCAUUUAUUUCCCUGCUGUAACUGGAAUCUUCACAGGAGCAAAUAUGAGUGGAGAUUUGAAAAAUCCACAAAAAUCCAUUCCAACGGGAACAAUCGCUGCUACUUUAACAACUUCAUUCAUAUACUUCUCAUUGGCUUUUGUUUUCGGAGCUGCCAUAGAUGGAAAUGUCCUUCGCGACAAAAAUGGACAGUCAGUGGGUGGUAAUAUGAUUGUGGCACUGCUUGCUUGGCCAUCUCCCUGGGUGUUACUGAUUGGAUCUUUCUUGUCAACUUUCGGAGCUGCUCUUCAAUGCUUAUGCUCAGCUCCUCGUCUCCUUCAAAGUAUUGCCAAGGAUGAAGUCAUUCCUUUCCUUUCCCCCUUCAAGAAAGUAACUCAAAAUAACGAACCAUUCCUUGGAUUGGUUAUAACCACUAUCAUCGCCGAACUAGCUAUCCUCAUGGGUGCUAUGGAUAACAUCGCAGCCGUUGUCGACUUCUUCUUCUUGAUGUGCUAUGCUUUCGUUAACUUAAUCUGUGCUCUUCACUCAUUACUUGGAGCACCUAACUGGAGACCAAGAUUCAAAUACUAUCAUUGGUUCCUCUCCCUCCUUGGAGCUUCUCUUUGCUUCUUCAUUAUGUUCUCGACUCAUUGGGAUUAUGCACUCAUCUCAUGUGCUCUCUGUCUUCUCAUUUACAAAUAUGUCGAAUGGAAAGGAGCCAAGAAGGAAUGGGGAGAUGGAAUCCGUGGAUUAGCUUUGACUACCGCUCAAUAUUCCUUAAUGAAGAUCGAAGACAAAGAGCCACAUCCUAAGAACUGGAGACCACAACUUCUUCUCAUUCUUUCCAUGCCUUGGGCUAAAGAACUUGUUGAUGUCAGAUAUUUGAACCUGUUGAACUUAGCCUCUCAGCUUAAAGCUGGUAAAGGAUUAUCUGUUGUCACAUCUUUCAUCCGUGGUAACCCUACCAGUGCUGAUGACAGGAAACGUGCCGAACAAAUUAAAUCUCGUAUGGACUUCGAUAUGAACCAAUGUAGAUUACGUGGUUUUGCUAAGACUUUGGUUCACGACGAAACUCAAAUUCAUGGAUCUAUCGCAACACUUAUCCAAUCUGUUGGACUUGGAGGUCUUAAGCCUAACACUAUGCUCAUUUCUUGGCCAGUUCAUGAACGUGGAGCUUCCGAGGCUUCUGACUCUGAGUACAGUACAUUCACAGAUAAACUCCACGCUGCUUGUGCUAUGGAUAUGUGUCUCUUGGUCGCUAAGGGAAUCAUUGACUUCCCCAGCGUUUUCAAGCUUCAAGGUUUUAUUGAUGUUUAUUGGAUUGUCCAAGAUGGAGGUCUUUGCCUUUUGAUUGCUUAUCUCUUGAAACAGCAUAAGGUCUGGAGAGGAUGCAAACUUCGCAUCAUUGCUAUUGCCCAAGAAAGUGACAACAACUUGAAGAUGCAACAAGAGCUUCAACAAUAUGUCUACCAACUUCGUAUUGACGCCAAGAUAUUGAUUGUCGAAUUAGCUGAUCCUGAAAUUUCCAAGAAUGCAUUCGAGAGAACCCUUCUUAUGGAGGAGAGAACCAUGGUCAUGAAGCAAAUGCAAGACGUUCGUUCCAACACUUUAUCGGUCGUCAAUGGAAACGCCAAGAGAAUUUCGCCAUUGGUUCUUGCCGAACAACGCGAAAGAGAACAGAAGAAGAGCGAGGAAGACGAGAAGAAGGAAGAAGUAGAUGAUGACAGCAAGGAAGAGAGACAUGAAGAAGAAAAGAAGGAGAAGACCAAGAAGGAAAAACUCAGAGCUUUGGAUAGAAGCAAGGUCCACAAGAUGCACACAGCUGUAAGGUUGAAUGAACUCAUCAUUGAGCAUUCGCUUAACAGUCAACUUGUUUUGUUGAACUUACCGAAACCUCCUCGUGGAAGAGAAAAUCUCGACGAUUAUGUUCACUAUUUGGAAGUACUUUCGGACAACAUCAAUAGGGUUCUGUUCGUUCGCGGAACUGGAAAGGAAGUUAUCACAACACACUCAUAA